GGGCGGAGCCGAAGGACGGGCGGAGCCGAAGGACGGGCGGAGCCGAAGGAGGGGCGGAGCCGAAGGACGGGCGGAGCCGAAGGAGGGGCGGAGCCGAAGGACCGCCGGAGCCCAGGGACCGCCGGAGUCGCCGGUCGCCGGGAGAAGGACGUUGCGCCUGAAGGUAGAGCUGGAGCCUCGCAAAUGGUCGGACUUCGUUUGCAGUCUUUGGUUCCCGUGAACUUCUGUUCCCGUCCCUCAGCACCACCCGUCACUCAGCUCCGCCCGCCCCCGUCGGUCCCACUGUGCCCCGGCUCCUCCCUCGUCGCUUGGUUACGGCGUCGCUUCCGUCCCUGGGGACCGACCGACAUGGCGGCGGCCACCACAGCCUUCUCCUUUUCUUUCGCCUCCUCCUCCUCCUCGGCCUUGCUGCGCCCGGGCUUGGCGCCGCUGAGGCGUUGGCGAGCCCUCACCGGCCCGGCGCCGCGGGCCGCCUGCAGCGCCAGCAGCUCCCCCUGCAGUGCCGACAGUGAUGAAGCAACAGUUAUCUCCGGGACAAAGCUUGCCAACCAAGUGUUGCAAGAAGUUCAAAGGGAUGUAGAAUCGUGGAUAUCCGUUGGGAACAAGAGACCUCAUCUCACUGUCGUAUUGGUAGGAGACAAUCCAGCCAGUCAUAUCUAUGUCAGGAACAAGAUAAAAGCAGCUGCAGCUGUGGGCAUUUCUAGUGAGAUCAUUGUGAGGCCUAAAGACAUUUCUGAGGAAGAGCUCUUAGAUCUGACAGUGCAACUCAACAAGGACUCGAGAGUCAGUGGUUUGUUAGUUCAGCUUCCUCUGCCAGAUCACAUAGAUGAACGGAGAGUUUGCAACGCCAUCGCCCCGGAGAAGGAUGUGGAUGGAUUCCAUAUCAUGAAUAUUGGACGUCUGUGUCUCGAUCAGCCUUCCAUAAUUCCUGCCACUGCUGCUGCCGUGUGGGAAAUCAUAAAACGGACAGGAAUACCCACAUUUGGAAAAAAUGUUGUUGUAGCUGGAAGAUCCAAGAAUGUUGGAAUGCCUAUCUCAAUGCUGUUACAUACUGAUGGAGAGCACGAAAGGCCUGGAGGUGAUGCCACAGUGACCAUUACUCACAGAUACACCCCAAAAGAGCAGCUCAAGAUCCAUACGCAGCUCGCUGACAUAGUAAUAGUAGCUGCAGGUGUCCCAAAGCUGAUUACUACUGAUAUGGUCAAAGAAGGUGCAGCUGUGAUUGAUGUAGGCAUCAACCAUAUCCAUGAUCCUCUUACAGGAAAAACCAAAUUAGUUGGGGAUGUGGACUUUGAAGUGGAUUACACAGAGCAGCCAAAGCUCUUGAAGCUCAUGCAGACCUGCCUUGAGGAACACCACAGCUAUUGUAUCAACGGGCUCUGUGCUUUCCACAGCGAGCUGAGGAAACCCAUAUGCAAGUGCCUUGCAGGUUAUAAUGGAGAAAGGUGUGAACAUUUAACACUGAAUUCAUAUGCACAUGAUUCUUACGAGCGCUACAUAGCUGUGGGAAUUGGUGUAGGAAUACUGACCAGUGGAAUACUUGCCAUCAUCUACUGCUACGUAAGAAAGAGAUGCAGGAAAUUGAAAUCCCCCUACAAAGUCUGCGUGGGCGAGACGGCACUGUGAAGGUCUGGCACUGGGACACUCACCAGUUUGCCUGCAAAGGAGGGGAAGGUCUGCUGGGAAGGCCCCCCUGCUCCAUCCGACAGGUGCCCCAGCCUCGCAGAGGAGAUGAACUCGAGGGAAUGGCAGAGGAGGAUGUGAAGGGAACUCCUGCAGAACUGACAGGCUCCGUUUAGUGUUGAAGAAAGACCUCCUCUCCUUGGUAAAGGUGGCUCAUGCUCAGGUCCAAACAGCUGAGGGCACUGGCAGGCCUCUUGGCGCUCUCCUGUGGUUGGUGUUUGCCAAGGGGAGGACCUGGUUGGUUUUAGCUGUUUUCAGUCAUUUCAAGCCCUAGAACAGUAUUCUGCUUUGGUCUUUUGUGUGUUUUGUUUUGGUUUUUUGUUUGUUUUUUUCUUCUUUUUUCUCCUGGAGGAAAAGCACCACCUCUCUCACAGUGGAGCUGUAUUCUGGACAUCAGGUGCUGACCAGAAAACAUUUGGAUUCUGAUUUUGGUGUCUGCUGGCUGUGUGUGUGGAUAAACAUCCCUCUUUCAACCCAGCUGUUACCUCCAGUGUAAUGGGCCAAGUACAGGCUUCUGCUGCCAUAAAGGACAAAACCAAAAUGCUUUGGACUGAGGACAAUGACUGGUUUGCAAAAGCUUUCUUAAACUUAGGAAUAGAGACUAAGCAAUUCCUGGAAAAUUAGAUCAUGACACCUCUGGGCAUGGCAUGCUCUCAUUGUUUUCAUGAGCAGAGGAACCAGGCAUCUUCCUCAGAAUGGAUUAUGGAGUGUGCUUCUGACAAAGAACCUUUCUCAUCCCAAACAUCAUCCAGCAGCUCCUCAGAUCCAUGGAACUUCAGGCAGAACAUUGCCUUGCUGCACCCUGAUUUCUGCACAAGACUUCAAUUUCUAGAGAAGCUGGAAUUUUUCCUAAAACUUCAGUACACAGGAAACAGACUACUCCAUCCUCACAUUAUCAGCACAAUGUGACCACUCAAAUAAGAAAAAAAUUAUCUUGGGCAUUUGGUUCUACCCUGGACAAACAUAUUGGAUGCUUGGCUCCCUUCAUCUCAUCUACAAAGAAUUGCAAAGGUACAAAGAUUUUGUUCAAAGAAAAGAGAAGAAAAUUGAUUCUGAAGAUGGUGGCACUAACUGGGACUUCUCAGUGACAGCUGGAGUGUUUGCCAGUGCUGACGAGACUGGAGAUGGUUCUCAGAGGUUUUCAUUUCAGCUGUUGUACGUUUUAGACUCACCUGCUGUGCUCAGUCAUCUUCCAGAGAAAGGCAGUUGGUACUUGAAGAUUUUGUGGGGUAAUAUCAGCUCCUAAAUUCAGGUGGCUUGCUGAAAGCGCAGUUUCUUUGUUAUGUGAAUUAAUUUUCACAGCAGGAGGCGUGUUGCUUGUUGAAAAAACUGUGUAUUUGUGAGACUAUGGUGACAAUUCUGAUAUGUGAAUGAAAGGUGGAGUUUGAAAGGGUUAAAAGUGCCUGUGGCACUCGAGUGGUCUGGAGUUCAGGGGGCUUCUUACAUGGGGGUCCUGGUCAGUAGCUGAGCCAUUUUGGCUCUCUGUGUGAUACCAACAAAUAAAACAGCACAUCACA